AAUUUUCCUAAUUCAAGUAUGUCAACGCCUUUACUAAAGCCUACCGAAGUUCAAGUAAACAAUAGUAACGGAACCUCUCUCAAAAAAGGUACGAAAUCCUAUGUUCAUUUUGUAGCAGGAGGUGUGGGUGGAUUGAUAGGUGCUGUCUGUACUUCUCCUCUAGAUGUUGUCAAGACACGUCUACAGGUAAUAGAAAAGCUAAUACUAUUAUUGAUAUAACACAUUGGGGAGAUAUAGUCGACGUUUUAUCAACAAGGUGUCAAAAAAAACAUUCACUGUACGUCAAUCUGGAGGCAUUUCAGUGAAACUGGAAAGCUGUUAAUGCAAAUUAAGCAAGUGGAGGGCAUUCGAGGCUAUUUUAAAGGUUUAGGUCCCAAUCUUGUUGGUGUGAUUCCUGCAAGGGCAAUCAAUUUCUAUACAUAUGGGAAUAGUAAGAAGCUACUGACUGAAUUCAACCAUGGAAAAGAAACACCUAUCGUACAUCUUACUUCUGCAGCUGUGGCAGGCAUUGUCACUUCAACUAUCACUAAUCCAAUUUGGGUGAUCAAGACCAGGUUACAAUUACAAAGAAAACAGCAAGCUUAUAAAAGCAGUUUGGAUUGUGCCAUGCACUUAUUGAAACAUGAAGGCAUAAAAGGGUUGUUUAAGGGCAUGAGUGCUUCUUAUCUGGGUGUAGCAGAAGGUACAAUACAAUGGGUCAUAUACGAGGAUUUAAAGAAGAAAUGGUCGCAUGGUUCUUUUUCACAAGACAAAAUAACUGUUGGAGGUAAAAGCAUACAAGCAUGGGCAGGUAACUUAGGAGCUGCCACGGUAGCUAAAUUGGUAGCUGCGUGUAUUGCUUAUCCACAUGAGGUGAUAAGAACGAGGAUGAGAGAGCCUAUACCUGAUAAUUGCAUGCCAAAAUAUAUAGGCUUAUGGCAAACAUUCAAGGUUGUUGUCAAAGAAGAAGGAAUGGCCGCCCUAUAUGGUGGCAUGUCAGCUCAUUUAAUGCGUGUUGUGCCAAAUGCUGCCAUCAUGUUCUUUUGUUAUGAAGCCAUUCUGCAUACUUUUGGACAGCCAUAGGUUGUAGUAAAAAUUGUUCUAGACUACUAUUAGAAAAUCUAUGCUCUCAAACAAGAAUUAAACAUCCUAUGAAGGCUUAAUACUACAUGAUCAAGAGAUACUCAAAAUGAAUGCAAUAAAAAGAAAAACCAAUUCAAUUGAAAAAAAGGAGCUGAGUGUCUUUCAUUUACUGAGUUUCAAACCAAAUGUUAUUGAUUUGGCAAAUUCCAGUUUGGUAUAUAAUUUCCCUUUUCUUUCAU